AUGUUGCCACCCAACUCGGCAUACCCUUGGGACUUGAUGUCCUUGUUGACAUCUCUCACAUCGAUGAUGGCAAUGACCAUCGCUGUCUUGUCAAUCUUAUUGGCACUAUUCAUAUACGCUGCCUACAAGGCACUGAUCCGUUUCCCAUGGCUUAGACCAUUUACACCUGGCCAAGGCGAUCCACUCACAGAGUGGGGAAUCAAAUACGAAGAGGUCGAGUUCAAAGCUUUCGAUACUGAUCACCUGAUCCGAGGCUGGUGGGUACCUGCCGCACAUGACAAUGACUUGAAGAUAUCAAUCAUCGCUCUUCAUGGAUCUGGAAGAGAUAAGCAUAACUACUUCCAACAUAUUAGACACUUCCACGAGAUUGGAUUGAAUUCAUUGAUCUUUGAUUGCCGUGAGAGUCUAUGUGAUAAGGACCAGACUGGAAAGGGACUGGGCUACUCAUUCAGAGAGCACAAGGAUGUCCGUGCAGCCAUCCACUACGUCAAGAACACUCACACCACUCAAUCAAAGAAGUUGAUCGUCACUGGCAUUUCAAUGGGCGCCGCAAGCGUCGUAGUCGCAUGCUCCAAGGAUCGCGAGCUGAUUGAUGGCGUCAUUGCCGAGGCUUGCUACAGUCAUCCCAAGGACGCCUGGCAACACAACAUCGAGAGGAACCUCAAGGAGGGUGUCAAGGCCUUUGCCUCAAUCUCUGCCCUCUCCAAGGUCCUGCCAACAUCAAUCCCAAAGUGGCUCAUGGAUGCUAUCCUCUCGACCACUAUGUCAGUGAUAUUGCGCUCCGAGCACAACCUACACGAGUCUGAUGUGCCAGUGCACCACAUUGCCAACAUCAGUCCAAAGCCUGUGAUGCUCAUCCACAACACCAGGGACAAUGUUGUUCCCUAUCGCAAUUCACUGGCCUUGAUUGAGGCUGCUCGCGAGCCAAAGGAACUUUGGACCAUCGACAACGGACAGCCACUCCACGUCACUGCCAUCGAGAACGACUUGACCAACGAGUACAUCGAACGUCUAAAUAAGUUUAUCGAGAGCAUUUAA